AUGCCGUCCUCCAACCGCCCCUCGCCGCGCGCCGCGACGGAGGACGACGGCGCCGACAGCCCGGCCGCCGACGGCCUGCGCGCCACCCCGCCCCGCCCCAACAAGCGCUCCUCCCGCGCCAAGUCCAGCAGCCGCCGCCGCCGCCGCUCGCCCAACCCUAACCCUAGGCCGCGCCCGGACUACUACGGCACGGAGCCCUCCCGCAAGAGCGAGCGCAAGCGCAAGCCGCGCUCCUUCCCGGACGCCGCGCUGCUCUCGCGGGCGCUCCUCCCGCGCGCCUCCCCGUCCCGCGCCGCCGGGGGCGCCGUCCAGCUCUGGACCGACGCCGACGAGCUCGCGCUGCUCUCGGGCGCGGUCGCCUUCCGCGCGGGCAGCGGCCGGGCCCCGCGCCUCCCGGACACGGGCCCGCUCUUCGAGUCCAUCCGCGACUCCCUCUCGCCCCACAUCGACCAGUCCAAGGUCUACUACAAGCUCAAGCGCCUCAAGAGCAAGUUCUGCAACACCGCGCUCUCCGCCACCAGCACCGCCCACGACCGCAGGGUCAGGGAACUCUCCGCCGCCAUCUGGGCCGCCGACCUCGCCCCCCCUCCACCUCCACCUCCAGCUCUAGCUCUGGAGGAGGCCCACCACGCCGAGGACGACGACGACGACGACCCUGAAGACGACGACGAGGGCUACGCUCCCACCAACGUGGCCGUGGGGCCGCGGAUGCCCUUGGUCAGCGACCUGCUAGGCGAGUACUGGAAGAGGAACGCCCGCAGCCUGUCCGGCGUGUCGCUGGAGAAGGGUCUGGCGCUGGUCGGCGCCGACGAGGGCAGGGUGGUCGAGGCCAAAUGGAGGCGCCAGCUCGACGCCGAGAUGCGCUCCCAGGUGCGCCGCCACGACCUCGCAAAGGAGGUCUUCGCCCUGCUCAUCGACACCGUCAAAGGCCUCGGGCCUUAAACCGGGGGUACAGGUGCUGUUCGGUGGAGUAUAUAGCUGGAUACGUAGGUACAAUGUCUAUUUUGCAGGCUGAUCAACCAUCCCGUACUUGGUUGCUGACCACAAGGCCUUAACACGGCGUCUACUGUGUCAAUUCAUCCCUAAUUAAGUGGAACUAGCUAUUACUUUUGCAAGAUGCUUAGGUGUGGACUUUGGAGACAAUUAUUUUGCUAGUCUGCUCGGCCUUAUGUUCUAGAUAUGCUAAGGAAGCUAGGUGCACGACAAUGACAGCUUUCAGCAUUCAUUUUCUGUAAAUCGUUUGCUAACUAUCGCCUAUGAUGCUAGAUGUGUUUGAGAUGCCAGGAUGCAACAUGUCAGUAUGUCCAGAGUCGUGAUAUUGCAUCAGCUCAUGGCACUUUAUUCUGCUGGAGAUGUAUGGUUUGACUCACACUGAAAGUGUUGUUGCAUGAGAGUUACUCCACCA